CGAGCGAGCUUCCAUCCUUGGGGUGGACAUGAGCUCCCCAGAUAUGUCAGUGAAGCAUCUUCGGCGGCCUUCGCAACUCGCCAAUGUGAAUGCUCAGAGGGCAAGAGUCGUCGCCGCUGGAUCCGCCUCAAAAGCAGCAUAAUGUGAAACAUUCUAGCCUGACUCGCCUUCUUCGUACAGAAACACAAUGGCCGAGUCCGGCUCAAGCUCAAUUGCUGGUCAAAACCAAAUUUCAACCAUACUAGCCCCCCCCCCUUUCAUCUAGCCCUUCGCACCGCCUCGCUAGAUCAACUCCAUGAUGACUAUUAUAGAACAAUUUGCAAAGACUCUGCUUCGACAUGUAAACAUCUCGCUCUCUUUGCCCUCGGAGAGCUUUUUCUAUGUUGUCUGUGGUGUCGAAAAGCAGCUCAAUGCCGGGUUUGUCGUACUAUGUACGCGCCAUGGAGCUUCUUUCGGCCUUCCCGGAACGGCCCACCAUCAAGCACAUUGAGUUUCUUCUGAUGCUCGUAUGUUGCCAUCAUUCCCCUUACCUGAUCGGUGCAAAGGCGAGUGCCUUGCCACUGGCUUUCAGGCCCUUUGCAGUCAGUUCGUGAACCGAUGGCAAUCCGCUUUCGCUCUCGUCGGCCAUGCUCUUCGGACCGGCCUUAGAUGUGGGCUGAACCACCAGCAACCCUGAGAACCAGUGUGACGACUUUGCUACAGAGAACGUCGCGUGCGCCUUUGGUGGACCAUUCAUAUAUCUGACCGCUUUUGGAGCUUUAAACGUGGCCUUCCGGUCCAGGCCCAGGAUGAAGAUAUUCACCUCAGC